GUACGCAUGACUCGAUUCUGUUCGGCUCGGUCGGACUUUCGGAGAAUAGAGAAGAGGAGAGCAGAGCUCGAGAGCGCCGGAGCGCAUUGAGCAGCAAGUAAACAAGUAAGCCUGUCUCUCAGCUCAGUCGAAAAAAAACGUUGAAUGAGUCAGAUGCGGGUCGGAUGAAAAAUCCUAGUCUGGUAAGGGGUGACUAUGCGAUUGACUCAAUAAAUUGGUCCAAUAAUGGUAAUGACGACGGCUCUCCAAUGUCCAGUUCUGAUGUGGAAACUUUUAAUGGGAAAAUAGUUUACAAUCUUGAUGGCAGCGCACACAUCAUCGCCACAGAUAAUACCAAUGGAGGUGGAUCAGGGUCUGGCCAAAAUUGUUAUGGUUCAGCAUCGAAUUCACUAAAGAACCUGUCAAAGGCUAAAGAUCGAAGGCAGGAAGAGAUAGAUAUAGAACACCCGUCCCAGUAUCAUCUAGAGCAAAGCGAGAACGAGAGGCAGGAGGAAGCUGUGGAUACUCGUCCUGGUUUCGAAUCCUUAGGAGGCGCUUGCCACAAAUCAAGUCCAAAAAUCCAUUCCUUUCGUGUGGUGUCCGCACAAGAUGCUAACUCAACUUGUCAGGAUCAAAUCAGAGCAUUUAAAAUCCAGAAACCAAUUUUAAUGUGUUUUAUAUGCAAGUUGUCUUUCGGCAACGUUAAGUCCUUUAGCUUGCAUGCAAACACUGAACACCGACUCAAUUUGGAAGAGCUGGACCAGCAGCUACUUAAUCGCGAGUACUCCAGUGCCAUUAUACAAAGAAAUAUGGAUGAAAAGCCACAGAUAUCCUUUCUACAGCCCUUGGGUAAUAAUGACGCCUCUGCUGAUAGCAAUGAUACCGAGAAGCUUCAAACAGCAACUGAGGGCAGUGACGCCACUCUGCCUUCGUCUCCGCACCCAGUUAUCAGGAAUGACUCUGAACUUGAGCCCGAAAAUAAGCAAGAGACUGAGCAGAAUCGGCUCCUGAACCAGGACCGGGAGCAAGAGUCUGAAUCAGAUCAGCACACUAGUAGUAGUAAAAUGGCGGCACCUAGUGCAUAUAUCCCAUUAUCAUCGCCCAAAGUAGCGGGAAAAUUAACUGUGAAAUUUGGUUCCUUAAACUCAGCAACAGCAAAGACUAAUAACCUAUCAAAAGUUUCCUCAACCAGUUCACCACCAUCGACAUACGCAUCCGGGGAAGUCUUAUCACCCAGUACUGAUAAUAUAAGUAACCAUAAGUCAACACAUUGCAACCAAGAAACAGAGCCACCCUCGUCGUCUUCGUCAGAGGUGGAAAUGAAGAUUGGCUCUAUGUCCACAUCACCUCAAACAAAUGAUUCGGAUGUUCCAUGCUCAGGUUUUUUGCAAAUGCAGCACAUGACAACAGGUGGUGCAUAUACUCCUCAAGUCAGUUCCUUCCAUGCAUCUUUAGCUGCGCUGGCCGCCAACGAAUCAAAUGACAACCGGGUUAAGCUGAUCACAGAGUUCCUUCAACAGCAGCUGCAGCAACAUCAGAGUUCCUUAUUUCCAAGCCCAUGUCCCGAUCACCCCGACCUCAAUGGUGUGGACUGCAAAACCUGCGAACUCCUUGACAUCCAGCAGCGGUCAAAGUCACCGUCUUCUUCACAUCACCAGUUUUCUCAAUCUCUUCCCCAGCUGCAAAUUCAGUCGCAGCCCCAGCAAACCCCACAUCGCUCACCUUGCAGCAACAGUGUUACCCUGGCCGUAUCACCAAGCGCCUCCUCGGUGGCCAGCGCUGGAAAUGCGUCGACCGCCACAUCCAGCUUUACAAUCGGCGCCUGUUCCGAGCACAUCAAUGGUCGUCCCCAAGGAGUAGACUGUGCGCGCUGUGAAAUGCUUCUAAACUCGGCUCGAUUAAAUAGCGGCGUGCAAAUGUCCACUCGCAAUUCCUGCAAGACUCUUAAAUGCCCCCAAUGCAAUUGGCACUAUAAAUAUCAGGAAACUUUGGAGAUCCACAUGAGGGAGAAACAUCCAGAUGGGGAGAGUGCCUGUGGUUAUUGCCUUGCAGGACAACAGCAUCCUCGGCUGGCACGGGGGGAAUCCUACUCUUGCGGUUAUAAACCGUAUCGCUGUGAAAUCUGUAACUACUCCACGACCACCAAGGGUAAUCUUUCCAUUCAUAUGCAAUCGGACAAACAUCUGAACAAUAUGCAGGAGCUAAACAGCUCUCAAAAUAUGGUUGCAGCUGCGGCUGCUGCAGCGGUGACUGGCAAACUGCUGCUGUCCAGCUCCUCGCCCCAAGUAACCGCUGCAGGUUCAUCCAACAGCGGGUCUGGCGCAGGCAGUGGCUCAUCCAACAUUGUCGGCGGCACCACAUCCCUGAGCGGAAGCGCAACGCCUUCCGCAACUGGAGCAAAUAGUUCCAAUGCCAAUGCCGGAAGCAAUACAAACAACGCCGGUACCAAGCCAAAGCCUUCAUUUCGAUGCGACAUCUGCAGCUAUGAUACUUCCGUGGCCCGCAACCUGCGCAUACACAUGACCAGCGAGAAGCACACCCACAACAUGGCAGUGCUUCAGAAUAAUAUCAAGCACAUCCAGGCAUUUAAUUUCUUACAGCAACAGCAACAGAGCGGCACUGGGAAUAUUGCUGGCCACAGCUCCGGAAGCUUUAUGCCCGAGGUGGCUCUGGCUGAUCUCGCGUACAACCAGGCCCUUAUGAUCCAGCUUCUUCACCAACAGCAACAACAUCAGCAGUCAGCUAAUACCAAACUAUCGCCGUCGUCUUCGCCCGUGAGCACUCCUGAUCAGUUUUCCUUUUCUCCCAAGCCAAUAAAGCUCAAUCAUGGAACAGGAGCUGCCAUGGGGAUAGGAAUGGCAAUGGGAAUGGGAAUGAGCCACUCAAACGAAGUGUCCGGCGAAUUAUCAGGGGAUCCUCACCCGCUAACAAAAACGGAAAAAUGGCCCACGGCUUUCUACAGCUGCCUAAUCUGCGAUUGCUUCAGUACGAACAACCUGGACGAUCUGAACCAGCAUUUGCUGCUAGAUCGAUCCCGACAAUCCUCCAGCGCAUCCUCCGAAAUAAUGGUUAUUCACAAUAACAACUAUAUAUGCCGGCUGUGCAACUACAAGACGAAUCUCAAGGCAAAUUUCCAACUACACAGCAAGACGGACAAGCACUUGCAGAAGCUCAACUUUAUCAACCACAUCAGAGAGGGCGGUCCCCGGAACGAGUAUAAAAUGCAGUAUCAGCAGCAGCUUGCCGCAAAUGUAGUGCAACUUAAGUGCAACUGCUGCGACUUCCACACAAAUUCUAUCCAGAAGCUGGGUCUGCACACACAACAGAUGCGUCACGACACAAUGCGAAUGAUAUUUCAGCAUUUACUGUACAUUGUUCAGCAAAGUGAAAUGCACAAUAAGUCGUCGGGUUCUGCUGAAGAUGAUCCUCAAUGCGCCUGCCCGGAUGAAGAUCAGCAAGUGCAGUUGCAGUCGUCCAAAAAACUGCUCCUUUGUCAGCUGUGCAACUUCACCGCUCAGAACAUCCAUGAAAUGGUACAGCAUGUGAAAGGAAUAAGACACUUGCAAGUCGAGCAAUUUAUCUGUUUGCAGCGUCGCAGUGAGAACCAAGAAAUACCCGCACUGAACGAAGUAUUCAAAGUGACGGAAUGGGUCAUGGAAAACGAAGAUGUUUCUUUCGCAUCUGGCCUAAAUUUGGCUAGAACCGCAACCAAUGAUGCAACGGAUGCCAGCUAUGCUGCGGCAUCAUCUGCGGCAGCUCCUGCCAUUCCGGAUGUCAGUAUGUUUUCACCAACAUCUCCCUCAAGUUGCGCAACAUCUUGCGAUAAGAAUUUGAGUCAAAUUGUAUCGCCAAACGUAAAUAAACUUGGUUCAGGCGUCCCUACAACAGUAUUCAAGUGUAAUCUCUGCGAAUACUUCGUCCAAUCUAAAAGCGAAAUUGCGUCUCAUAUUGAGACUGAGCACUCAUGUGCUGAGAGUGAUGAGUUUAUAACUAUACCAACCAACACGGCUGCCCUGCAGGCUUUCCAAACAGCUGUGGCUGCAGCUGCUCUAGCUGCCGUGCAUCAAAGAUGCGCUGUUAUAAAUCCACCGAUACAGGAGACCGUCGACGAAGACAAGGACUUAGAUACGAAUGUCAGUGACGCUCCUCUGGGCAUAAAACAAGAGCGCGUCGAACAGGAAGUUGAUCGUACGACAUCAAUGGAGGAUAUUAAAGACUUGGCCUCCCAAGCGACAGAAUCUGGAGCUCCAGAGUCGCCAAAAGUUGCAGAAACUGAAGUUGGGGUACAGUGUCCGCUUUGCCUCGAGAACCAUUUCCGGGAAAAACAGUACUUGGAGGACCAUUUAACAAGCGUUCAUAGCGUUACAAGAGAUGGCCUCUCCCGGCUCUUACUUCUGGUGGAUCAGAAAGCUUUGAAAAAAGAGAGCACAGAUAUAGCAUGCCCUACAGACAAAGCUCCAUACGCAAAUACGAAUGCGCCCGAGAGAGCACCAUCCCCUAUUGAAAACACCUGCAACGUUAGCCUUAUCAAAUCAACCUCAGCUAACCCAAGCCAGUCAGUGAGCUUGCAAGGACUAUCUUGCCAGCAAUGUGAGGCAAGCUUCAAGCACGAGGAACAGCUACUUAAGCAUGCCCAACAGAAUCAGCACUUUCCUUUGCAAAACGGGGAGUAUUUGUGUCUUGCAGCCAGCCACGUUAGCCGUCCUUGCUUCAUGAGUUUCAGAACCAUUCCAGCUAUGAUCAGCCACUUUCAAGACAUGCACAUCAGCCUGAUUAUCUCGGAGCGCCAUGUCUACAAGUAUCGUUGCAAACAGUGCUCCUUAGCAUUUAAAACACAGGAAAAACUUACCACGCAUAUGCUCUACCAUUCGAUGCGGGAUGCUACAAAGUGCUCCUUUUGCCAACGUAACUUUCGCAGUACACAGGCGCUUCAGAAACACAUGGAACAAGCACACGCUGAGGAUGGAACCCCAUCAACAAGGACAAACAGUCCGCAGACGCCGAUGUUAAGUACUGAGGAGACUAACAAGCAUCUUUUAGCGGAGUCCCAUGCAGGAGAAAGAGAAGUUUCAGGGAGUGAUGUCUCGCCAAUUGAACUGGAGGCGCACCUAAACAAAGAAACUAGACAUUUGUCACCUACUCCAAUGUCUCUCGAUUCCCAAUCACAUCAACAAUACCUCGCGACUUUCGCUGCUUUGCUCAAACAACAGCAGUGUAACUCAGAUGCUGUAGGCCUUCAUCCCGAAACGCUGUCUAUGUCCACUGGAGAGAUGCCCCCUCAAUUGCAGGGUCUACAAAAUCUUCAGCAUAUACAACAGCAUUUCGGAGCAGUUGCUGCCGCAUCGGGUCUUCCAAUUAACCCGGUCGAUAUGCUUAAUAUAAUGCAAUUUCACCACUUGAUGUCCCUCAACUUCAUGAACUUAGCACCGCCCCUAGUAUUCGGCGCCAAUGCUGCAGGCAAUGCAGUAUCUGGGUCAUCAGCGCAAAAUAACAGCAUUACAACCGCCACCGCAACAUCUGCUUCAGGACUGGGUGAUACACAUCUUACCACUGGUGUCAGCUCUUUACCGGUAGAUUCGGGGAAAGCUACCGCAGUUCCACCUCAAACUCAGCUCAAUGCGAACGCAAACUCUCAGCAGCUGGCCAGCAACCAAAAACGAGCUCGAACGCGUAUUACAGAUGAUCAGCUUAAAAUAUUGCGGGCCCAUUUCGAUAUAAAUAAUUCGCCAAGCGAAGAGAGCAUUAUGGAGAUGUCUCAGAAAGCAAAUCUACCAAUGAAGGUGGUUAAACAUUGGUUCCGGAACACGCUAUUUAAGGAAAGACAACGUAAUAAGGACUCUCCUUAUAAUUUUAAUAAUCCACCAUCGACUACUCUGAAUUUAGAAGAGUAUGAACGUACAGGACAAGCCAAAGUUACCCCUUUAAAUGAUACUUGUAGCGUCGCAGUAACAGGACCAAUGACUUCAUCAACUAUUUCAUUACCACCAUCUGGUAGUACCAAUUUAAGCUCUAAAGAAAACGCAACUUCAAAAGUACUAGCGGCGGGAAAAGCUAACGCAUCAGGGCCUGUUACAUUUACUGCAACUGUUCCAGUUUCAACACCGUUAUCUCGUCCAGAAUCGACGAACUCAAGCGGCAAUAUAUCCGACUAUAUAGGCAAUAAUAUAUUUUUCGGACAGCUCGGGAGCAAGGACCAGAUCUUGCCGUACUCUUUAGACGGGCAAAUAAAGUCAGAGCCGCAGGAUGAUGUGAUUGGGGCAACUGAUUUUGCAUACCAAACAAAGCAGCAUUCAAAUUUUAGCUUUUUAAAACAGCAACAGGAUCUAGUGGAUCCCCCAGAACAGUGCUUGACAAAUCAAAACGCGGAUACGGUACAGGACCAAUCCUUGCUAGCGGGUGCGGCUCUUGCAUCCAAUUGUCAGAGUCAACAGCAAAUAAAUAUAUUUGAAACUAAAUCAGAAAGUGGGAGUUCCGAUGUACUGUCACGCCCUCCGUCUCCGAAUAGUGGAGCUGCCGGAAAUAUGUAUGGAAGCAUGAAUGAUUUAAUAAACCAGCAAUUGGAGAAUAUGGGUAGUAACAUGGGACCACCAAAAAAAAUGCAGAUUGUUGGAAAAACGUUUGAAAAGAACGUAGCUCCAAUGGUGACCUCAGGCAGUGUUAGUACUCAGUUCGAAAGCAACUCUUCAAACUCUUCGAGCUCCUCAUCGUCGACAUCAGGUGGCAAGCGAGCUAAUCGGACUCGUUUUACAGACUACCAAAUAAAGGUUUUGCAGGAGUUCUUCGAGAACAACUCAUAUCCAAAGGACAGCGAUCUCGAGUAUUUAAGCAAGCUUUUGUUACUGUCUCCCCGGGUUAUAGUAGUUUGGUUUCAAAACGCCAGACAAAAGCAACGUAAGAUUUAUGAAAACCAGCCGAACAAUACCCUGUUUGAAAAUGAGGAGACGAAAAAGCAAAACAUUAACUAUGCGUGCAAAAAGUGUAACUUGGUAUUUCAAAGGUACUACGAGCUAAUACGGCAUCAGAAAAAUCACUGCUUCAAAGAGGAGAAUAAUAAAAAGUCUGCCAAGGCACAAAUCGCUGCAGCUCAAAUCGCGCAGAAUUUGAGCUCGGAGGAUUCUAAUUCUUCCAUGGAUAUACACCAUGUCGGAAUUUGUCCACCAGGCUCAGCAGUUGUUUCGCAAACCCUGUCAACGCCGGGCUCGGCAGCUCCCCUUUCGGGACAGUACACCCAGCAUUCAUUUGGCGCACUGCCCUCGCCACAGCAUUUGUUUGCAAAGUCUUCUUCGCUUACUGACUUCAGUCCAUCCACGACCCCCACGCCGCCGCAACGAGAACGCAGCAACAGUUUAGAUCACCCUCAACGACCUCCCAAGUUUGAUUGCGACAAAUGCGAGCUGAAAUUUAACCAAUCGGAAAAAUUGCGAGAGCAUCAACUAUUACACCUGAUGAAUCCAGGAAAUAUUUUUUCAGACGCAAGUCAGAACUCUAACCCUGAAGCCAAUUUCGGUCCCUUUGGCAGCAUUUUGCAAAGUCUACAACAAGCGGCGGCUCAACAGCAGCAGCUACAGCAUCAACCGCCGCCAACAAAAAAACGGAAAUACUCGGACUGCUCUUCCAAUGCUGAUGAAAUGCAGUCCCUGUCGGAGCUUGAGGCUUCACAAAAAAAGCACGAGUUCCUGUACAAGUAUUUUAUGCAGAAUGAAACGAGCCAAGAGGUAAAACAGCAGUUCCUCAUGCAACAACAACAAAAGAAAUUAGAACAAGGAAACGACUGCGAUUUUGAACUUGAUUUCCUAACUAACUUCUAUCAGCAGAGCGAAUUAAAAAAAGUCAGUAACUAUGACUUUUUACUACAGUACUAUCGCACACAUGAAGAGGCAAAAUCCAGCCAACAGCAUCUAUUUAGCUCCAGUAAAAAGCCUACCAUCGAGUUUCUACUUCAGUACUACCAACUUAAUGAGUCGAAAAAGUUUUUUCAGUUAGUUGCCUCGCCCCAAAUAAUUCCUGAUGUCCCAGGCUACAAGCCAUCCUCGCGAAUGCCAAAAUCCACUUCGGAUGAAGCCCCUUAUAUUGGAGAAACAUCAUUGGAGCAGGCAACAGAACUACAAAGAGAGAAACAAGAUGAACAACUACGCAUAGACAGGCCAAGCGAAGAAAACGAGUUAUCUAUGAACAAAAACAAAGUGGAAAAUAUUAAUAACAACAAUAUUGGCAUUCAUGUGGGCCAAAGCAAUUUAACCGCGACGAACGGCAUCCCUUCAGUUGAAACAAAAGACGAGAGUACGCAGGAAUCAUCAUUAAUUGCGAUAGAUAAUGAAAACAAGUAUCUAUGCGCGAGAUCCAAACAAAAAGAUGACAAGGAAAAGUCGCACUACUUACAUAAUCUUGAGGACUUCCUGGAUGCCACAAUGAUAGAGAACAACUCCCAGACUUUAACAUUUAAUGAUGACGAGAAAGCAUGCCAAAAAGAUGAACUUACUCAAAAUUCCAAUGCAAUUGAGAAGCGGUCCUCUGUGUCUCCGGUUAACGUUUCAUCCAAGCAAAAUAAGCGCUUACGAACAACCAUCCUUCCGGAGCAAUUGAACUUUUUGUAUGAAUGUUAUCAAUCCGAAUCAAAUCCAAGCAGAAAAAUGCUUGAAGAGAUAUCUAAGAAAGUUAACUUAAAGAAACGCGUAGUUCAAGUCUGGUUUCAAAAUUCACGGGCAAAAGACAAAAAAUCGCGGAAUCAGCGACAUUAUGCACACAUAUCUGACGAUAAUAGCUACGAUGGCUCUAGCGGGAAGGAGGCUUAUAGCGACCUAAGGUCCAACGGCAUAACCGUGGAUACGGACCUCGAAACAAAUCUACAGGACUGUCAGCUGUGUCAAGUCACCCAAGUCAACAUCCGAAAGCAUGCUUUUAGUGUCGAGCACAUUAGCAAAAUGAAGAAAUUGCUCGAACAAACCACCGAGCUCUAUGCACAGAGCAAUGGCAGUGGAAGCGAGGACAACGAUUCUGACAGGGAAAAACGAUUUUAUAACUUAUCAAAGGCAUUUUUGUUCCAACACGUUGUGACAAACGCGACAAGCCACUCUAUUCACACAGCUAGACAAGAUUCUGAUGCUAUUGCCGAAGGGAACUGUAUGCUUAACUAUGACACUAAUGGUGGCGAUUCCAAGAGUCAUGUCCAGCAUAAUUUACCUAACGAAGUCGUUUCUGAAGAUACGCGAAAAAUCGCUGGUAAUCAGGAACUUAUGCAGCAGCUUUUUAACCGAAACCAUAUCACCGUUAUAGGUGGAAAGUAAAUCUGAGUGUUUAUAUGGCCUUAUAACCGUGGAUAGUGGUUAAAAUGUAGGUGAGUUGAUAUACAUAUAGUUUUUUAAACCGUUAAACAUAUUCUACCUUGCAGACUACAGAAGGAAAAGUAUUUGCACACGCGAAAUAUGCGUACACUACGAAAAUACAAACAAAAAAAACCAACCAUACUACGAAAACUGAAAAGUUCCUAUUUUAAAGAGUUUACAAAAACAUUGACAUUCCAUCAAUCUACAGAUAUAUGUAUUGAAUUCUUGCGAAAACCUAUUCCAACAUUAGUAAGAAUCUCUUAAUUAUACGGAAGUGUUCCUAACUAUUCGAAAUAUAAAUUAGCAAUAAACUUAAGGUAUACACAUGCACACUUGAGGCAAUCCUUAACAAUUCAAGAUGGAGGGCGUUAUCUUGAUAAGUUAAAAUAACAAGUCGCUCCAAACAAAAAUAUGAUAUCAUAUAGAUACAUAUAUAAUGGAUUAGAUUUAGUGAAAUGUAAACUGAGUUCCUAGCAUUUGAUUGCUUUUGCCUUUGUUUUUAUAUUAGAAUGUAGCCAAUGAAUACUAAGAUCUGCUUCAGUAUGCCGACUAUAAAAGCUGAAAUAUAUACAUACGUGGUUCCUAUUUUAUUUAGAAACACUGUACAAUAUUAAAGAAAUUCAUAUUAUUUACGUCAUUCUUAUACUGAGAGAAUCGUGCCAAUAAUUUGUUCUUCAAAAAAUUCAAAUUCCGUAUGAAAAGAAAAAGGGAGAGCAGAGAGAAAAGGAAAGGGGCUUUAGUUAAAUCAUGAAUUUUGUUUCGACCUAUAUCACAGUUUCCUUGUUAAGUAAUUAUUAUGACGUAUUAAGCAAUUCAUUCACAGUUAAAAACUUAUUAAAUAAAUAUUUAUUUCCAAUCAUUUCUUUGUUUAUAACUUAAGUUUAAAAAACUAACUUCUGGGAGUAACAGGAGUUACUAUUUCACAAUUGUAUAACUUUUUCUCAAAUCUUCCAAUACAAAACAUAGAAUUUAAAGCAAAAACUCAGCUUGUUUGGUACGUUUACUUACAUGUAUAAUUUUAAAAUGUUCCUUGUCAUUGUAACUAUUAAUAAUUUGAAAGGACAAAUUUAGAUCAUAAACAGUUACAACAUUUUUAAACAAAAUAGUAUUUGACUGAUAAUUAAAAUUAAAAUAUACAGCCCUAUAUUUAUUUGAUUUUAUUCUGCAUUACGUACAUUUAUACGUACUAGUACUCGUUUAUGUAUAAGUUCAUUGUUAACCGCAACUAAAUAUAACAUAUGUUGCGAAACAUAAGAAUCUACUAAGAAGUUCCUAUAGAAUUUAAUAAAAAGAUAUACAAAUAUAUUUACUUGUAAGUUCAGGAAUACUAUAUAUGACAAGAUUUUCUGUUCGUCUCACCAUUAAUUAGCGACAGGCAAUUUAUGUAAAAAUAAUGCCGUAUGUCCAUUCUAAUAUUAGAAUAUUGCAAAUAUGUGAAUGUUUGAAAUCCCAUAAUCGGUUUGUAAAAGAAUUAUUUAAAUACAUAUGUACGUACUUAAGCCUUCACAAUUGCCAACAAGCACAGAUUUGCAUAAAUGGACAGAAUACCAUACUAACACCCGAUAACAUAUAUAUAUAGAUAUAUAUAUAUAUAUUAUUUAUAUAAUAUAUUUUACACAUUAUAUAUAUUUAUAUAUGUUUUCCAAAUUUAUGACUUCGAAAUAAUCGAUUUGAGUUUUUUUAAACAAUCUUAUUCAAAAUAUGAAUUCCAUAGGCAACAUCAAAAUAAUAUGAGAUUUUAAGAUGAUAUCAAAACUUACAUUGCUCAACUGAUAGACACCACACAUACCGAUGUAUGUACGUAUAAAUAUACAACAUAUCACAAAUAUUACUAAAAAAAAAAAACUUAACAACUAUUAUUUUCCCUUUGAAAAAUUUUUUAAAUCAGACAUUACAAGCAUAUUUAUUAUUUUUUUACAAAUUAGGCAUAUAUUUUGUGUGUUCCGAAAUACUAAACACAUUUUGCACAAUCGUAUGCUCUUAGUUUCUCAAUUGAAAUAAUAUUUACCAUAUGACAACAAAUGUUUCUUAUAUUUAGUAUAAGUAAACAAAAGCGUAUAAGUAAUUUUAUUGUCAACUUAUUAAUUAAUCAAAGUUACUACAAAUACUGGUAAAACUUACAAAAGUAGGAAGUAUAAAUAAAAAAUAUAAAGUUCCUAUAUAUUUAAUAAUUGGCAGAUGUGCAUAUAUUAUAAAAUUAUAAAUGAAUAAAAAUAUGAAACAGAAACACUUGUAUUUUCUUGCACCUAUGACAUCGAUGAAGACUUUUCAUAAUAACAGUAAUUUACGCGAUUUCUGAAAUACUAGAUUCUUCGAGAAAUAUGAAACAGAAUGGACCAAUCCAAUAAGGUCCGCCGUUCCGUAUUAACUUUAAGAUCUCGAGAACUGCGAAAAUAUGGUUGGCUAAAAAGAACACAUAAAAAUCUAUCAUUAAAGUCUACCAGUUUUUCUUAGUUCAAAGAAAGUCUGAGUAUUCAGCUUCUUCGCAGAGCGGCAAAUUUCUAACUGAAAUCAAUAAUGUCUCUAUAGGGGCUUAAUAAAAGAAAAAUUUGACAGUGGGACUUAAAUUUCUUUUUCGUGGCUAGAACACUUCCCUUUCCACCUCUUCUUUUGCUUCAGAAAAAAUUAACAUCUCUUUCAUCAAACAAGCAAGAAGUCAACCAGCGAUUUAUCUCAUACGGUAUAUAUAUUCUUGAUCAGGAUCAAUAGCCGAGUCGAUUUGGCAGUGUCCCUCUAUCCGUAUGAUCCCCUCGAUCUCAUGAACUAUUUAAGCUAGACAGUUAAGAUUAGACAUGAAGACUCCAGAGGCAAACACACAGCGAAAGUUUGUUUUGAAAUGUUGCUACGCCCUGUCUAGAUCUUGUCGUACAUGCGGACGAACAGACGGACAUGGCCAGAUCGACUCGGUUAUUGAUUCCGAUUAAGAAGAAUCGGAAUCGCUUCCUUCUACCUGUUCAUGAUUUUCAACGAAUUUAUUAUAGCUUUUUAGUCUAAAAGUAACGGGUAUAAAUAUAACAAGUAAAUACAACAAGGUGAGUCCAUAUACGGAAAUGGCCAGAUCGAUUCGAUUAUUGGUCUUAAUCUAAUAAAGAUAGCACUCCUGGAGCCAUACUUCACUGUCAUCCACAGCUUUAUACUUUAUAGGAUGGGGAACCCUUUCUUCUACCUGUUAAAUGAAUCGCGUACACCCUAAUACUCUGCGAGUAUCGACUAUAACAACAAAUGUAAAUCAACCUUGUAUAAAAAAAAUAUCCUAUUUUACUAUUUAAACAGUAUUUUUUCUAAUAUAUUCAUUUGUUUGUUAAGUUUGGUGUAUAAGGUAAGAAAUAACUCAAUAUAGGAGUUAAACCAUAGGAGUUGCUACAAUUAGGAAAUAAUUACAUGGGUCUUAAAAGCAUUUCAGUAGACACGGUUCUGAAAAGCGUUAACUAAAAACCAGAACACAUGCUUGCUUCGGCAAGGAACCUUACAGAAAUUAUACGCAAAACAUGUUUUAAAAUUGUGGCCGUAGCAGUGACACGAUGCCAGAUCGACAAAAUGUAUAUUUUUUAAUGUAUUUGUAUUUUUUUUUUUGUAUGUAUUUGUAUGUAUUUUGUAUGUAUUAAUGUAUUUUUUUUUUUUUUUUGAAUAUUGCAAAAAUGUAUAUUUUAAGAACAAAAACUGUUAUUAUCUAAAUCAACGAAAUAAUGAUACAUUUUUGAUUAACCUUCCGGCUUUACCUAUGGCAGCAACUUAAUAGCCAAAUUUUAUAAAACGACAAAGGUUCCACUAAAAGAAAAAGAAU